CAGCGGCGCGGCGGAGCGGUUGUGCACCAAGGACGCAGAGGCCAGGGCGCUCAUCCCUCCGGAGAGUUCGCCUGGAGCUCAGCCCGGGAAAGGCAGCUCGGUGAAAUUCGAGGUCUUCUGCCGAUGAGGAGGACGCGUUGAUCAGCUAGGGAUUAAAUGCAGUAAAUGAGGCUUUCUUUUCAACGCAAACGGUCGACUGACUGCACGCCAGACAGGGCAAGGUUUCCGACACGGAACAAGGAGCUUUGGGGUUUGGAAACUGAAGUUUUUUUGGAUUGCCCCGGCAGGAACGACUGAAUAUAUCCAGUCUCGUUUCAUUUUAACGGACCAAUUGGACUAAUCUGUUUGAUUUCAGAUAAACAAUUUAUUGUGAUUUCUACUAACUGUGAAAAGGAUUACCGACAGCACGGGUGGCCAGCGCCCGGCGGACGCGUGGGUGUGAGUGUUCGGCGCGUGCGCGUGCGUGUGCGUGUGUGUGUGGCAGCGCUGAGCCGGGACCAUGCGUGGGUGCACGGAGGAUGCGUGAGUCUGGUCUCCGUGGUGAGGAUGCGUGAGUCUGGUCUCCGUGGUGAGGACCGGCGGCCCCGCGCCGCCCCAGCUGGGACGAUGGCGCUCUGCCUCUUCCUUCAACUCUCCUCCCUCAUCCCUGCCUCCAUACAUAGUGCCCGCCUCCCCUCGGCACACACCACAGACUGGCCGUCGAGCGAGGCCGAGUCCGAGUCCGAGGUUUUCCUGGAGGAUUCGGCGGUGGUGCCGGGAGAGACGCUGGACCUCCCCUGCACGCCGCAUCACUUCCUGCUGCCCGUCGUGUGGCAGAAGGACGGCGGCGACGUGUUGCCCAGCAACCGCACGCGACUGGGCCAGAGGGUGCUGCACAUCAUCAACGUCUCCUAUGAGGACUCGGGUGUCUACUCCUGCAGAGACGCCCACAGCAAAACGCUGCUCAGCAACUACACUGUCAGGGUCACGGAUUCUCUCUCAUCUGGUGAUGAUGAAGACUACGAUGAAGAGCCAGACGAUGCAGGUAAUGGAAAUGAAGUGCCAUAUUGGACCCGCCCAGAGCGAAUGGAGAAGAAGCUAUUGGCUGUCCCUGCUGCCAAUACAGUGAAGUUCCGCUGUGCUGCUGCUGGCAACCCCACACCCACCAUCCACUGGCUGAAGAACGGGAAAGAGUUUAAAGGCGAACAGAGGAUGGGUGGGAUUAAGCUGAGGCAUCUACAGUGGAGUUUGGUGAUGGAGAGUGCAGUUCCAUCAGACAGAGGGAACUAUACCUGCGUAGUGCAGAACAAAUAUGGGACCAUCACACACACUUACCAGCUCGACGUGCUAGAGCGCUCCCCUCACCGGCCCAUCCUGCAGGCAGGCCUGCCGGCCAAUCAGACGGUGGUGGUGGGCAGCGAUGUGGAGUUCCACUGUAAGGUGUACAGUGACGCCCAGCCUCACAUCCAGUGGCUUAAACACAUCGAAGUGAACGGCAGUCGCUACGGCCCCAACGGCACCCCCUACGUCACCGUCCUCAAGACUGCUGGCAUUAACACUACGGAUAAGGAGCUGGAGGUUCUCUUCCUGACCAACGUGUCCUUUGAGGAUGCGGGCGAGUACACCUGCCUGGCAGGGAACUCAAUCGGCUUUGCCUAUCACUCUGCCUGGCUUACCGUUUUACCAGCCGUGGAACUGGAGCCAGAGGAAGACUACGCUGACUUCCUCAUCUACGGGACGGGCUGCGUGCUCUUCGUCCUCACCGUGAUCAUCAUUGUCCUCUGUCGCAUGCGAAUGAACACGCAGAAGACACUGCCUACACCCCCUGUGCAGAAGCUCUCAAAAUUCCCCCUGAAGAGACAGCAGGUGUCCUUGGACUCCAACUCCUCCAUGAAUUCCAACACGCCGCUGGUGAGGAUUGCCCGGCUGUCUUCCAGCGACGGACCCACGCUGCCCAACGUCUCCGAGCUGGAACUGCCCUCCGACCCCAAAUGGGAGUUUCCUCGCACGAGGCUAACACUGGGCAAAGCUCUUGGAGAAGGCUGCUUUGGCCAGGUGGUGAUGGCAGAAGCCAUUGGGAUCGAUAAAGAGAAACCCAACAAGCCUCUCACAGUGGCUGUCAAGAUGCUCAAAGAUGACGGCACAGAUAAGGACUUGUCUGACCUGGUGUCUGAGAUGGAGAUGAUGAAGAUGAUCGGGAAACACAAGAACAUCAUCAACCUGCUUGGAGCAUGCACACAGGAUGGUCCUCUCUAUGUGCUGGUUGAGUACGCCUCUAAAGGCAACCUGAGGGAGUACCUGCGGGCACGCAGACCCCCAGGCAUGGACUAUUCGUUCGACACCUGUAAGAUUCCCCAUGAGACGCUCACCUUCAAAGACCUGGUGUCCUGCGCUUACCAGGUGGCCAGAGGCAUGGAGUACCUGGCCUCCCAGAAGUGUAUCCACAGGGACCUGGCCGCCAGGAACGUGCUGGUGACAGACGAUAACGUGAUGAAGAUCGCCGAUUUCGGACUGGCCAGAGAUGUGCACAACAUAGACUACUACAAGAAGACCACCAAUGGUCGUCUGCCCGUUAAAUGGAUGGCACCGGAGGCGCUGUUCGACCGGGUCUACACACACCAGAGUGACGUCUGGUCCUACGGAGUGCUGCUGUGGGAGAUCUUCACGCUGGGCGGCUCUCCAUACCCCGGCAUCCCCGUGGAGGAACUCUUCAAGCUCCUAAAGGAGGGCCACCGCAUGGACAAGCCGGCCAACUGCACCCACGAGCUGUAUAUGAUCAUGCGUGAGUGCUGGCAUGCCGUUCCGUCUCAGAGGCCCACGUUCAGACAGCUGGUGGAGGAUCAUGACAGAGUGCUCUCCAUGACAUCUACUGACGAAUACCUGGACCUCUCGGUACCAUUUGAGCAGUACUCCCCCACCUGUCCGGACUCCAACAGCACCUGCUCCUCUGGGGAUGACUCCGUGUUUGCUCACGACCCCUUGCCAGACGAGCCCUGCCUGCCCAAACACCACCACAGCAACGGCAUCAUACGGACAUAGAUGACCCAAACACCAUAGCAACGACGUCAUACAGACAUAGAUGACCCAAACACUACAUGAAUUACAUCGUACAGAUAUAGAUGGCCUAAAUACCACAGGAGUGACAUCAUACAGACAAAAACACUAUAACUAGUAAUGGCAUUAUGUAGACAUAAGCGCCAUAAACAGACAGAGUGCCCCAGGGUCAAAGUGACCCUACUUUCAGGCGACCCCGCCAUGAGAACUCUUUAGAGUGAGCUGGCCUUAGUACACCACACACAGCACUUCUGCAUCGCCCACAGACCUCUGCCACUGACCAGGUGAGCUCACAGUCAAGAGGUCAACAGAUAGAAAACGCCGUGCGUCCGGAAUCUGAACUGCACAGACACCAAGGACGGACACCGCUGCUCACCCUCGUCUUUCUGCUCCUCUUCCUCCUCCAGACCCAAUGUUUCAAAAGAGAAUUCCUAUUUUUCUACUUGGCCAGUUGUUGUUGUUUUUUUAUUUGUUGUUGUUGUUGUUUGUUUUUUUAAAUGACUCUCAGCAUUUUGAGGGGUGAAGCCAUUCCGUGCCUACAAGCACAGCCACGGCUGGGCGGGACAGCGAGGGAGGAGCACUCUGGAGCGGUACACACUGUGCCCUUCCGCACAUGACAGCGAGGAGCUUUGGGAAGAAGUGCUGUUUACCACGAACAUGCGAGAAUACUUCACGAGAAUCAGACUCAAUCCAUUACUUACAAACACAUGGCCAGUUUUGUGUUUUUAUCUUCUGUUACCAUCAUAAAGAACUUUUGUCAAGGCAUUCUUUCAAGGAGAAGAAAGGUUUAGAUGUGAGAUUUCAUUUAAGGAAAUAUAAUUGUGUGCUUUGUAUGUAACUAAAUUUUCUAUUGUAAAUAUAUAGAUAUAAAUAUGUAUCAUAUUGCAGUAAACAGCAGUGUAUGUAAGAGGAAAUAAUUGAUUUUUUAAAAUUAGUUUUAAGAAAGGAAACAAUGCAUUGCGAAUGAGUGUACACUGUUGAGGUCAUGUAAACAUUUAAUCUUAAAAAGCAAAACGAAAGUUUAUUUGAAUUAACAUGUAUAUUUGUAAAGCUAUUUAUAGACUUAACAUAAGGAUUUAAGAUCUAAAGUUAUAGACUAGGGUUUUGGUACUGUAAACAAAGGGUUUUCUGUUCAGAUUUUAAUUUUGUAAGUUAUUUACCGCCAAGGUGCAACUUUUCCUAGAUGGUGGAUUUGGUUUUGUUUUCAGCUUUUUUUUCUAUCUUUGUGGGGGUUUUGUUGUGUUGUUCAAGCUCUUUCUUCACAGUGACAAGAAUGUACAAAACACUAUUGGCAAUAUAUGUACCAGUGUAUCCCAACAACCCAGAAGCAGGGUGUUCAGACGUGAACAGAGGACGCCAAAUGUUUUACGUUGUUUUGACUGUGAUCUCAGUGUUCAGUCCUGAAAUAUGAGGACCACGUGUGGUUUUCCACAGAGAGGAAAAUGUCCCCUGAUGCACAAAGUGUAGAACAUAGCACUUGUCAUAGUUUAACAAUCAUUAGAAACAUUAAUUUCUUAGCAUUUAUCCUUUAUUACAACCCCUAAAAAGCAAUUAGAGCAAGACAGAUUUUUUUUUUCUAUUUAUUCCGUGCAGCUACAGGUAAAGUAUUACAGGAGACUAAAGUAUUACAGCAGGGACAGCUCUCUCUUACCUGUGUGGUCUCGUGUGUUGCUCUUUGAUAUGAAGGAAUGCUUUAUGGUUAAAACCUAAACAGCAUGAACUAAGACAGUAGUAACUCUGGUCAAACUGUGUUAGACUGGUGUGUUUUAUGUAUGCUUCUGCUUUGUUUGUUUGUUUGUUUGGUUGGUUGGUUGGUUGGUUGGUUGGUUGGUUGGUUGGUUUUGGCUGUCUCCUGUCUGCUCUGGCAGAGGCUGUUAAACAUUCAGUAGCUCCGAGGUAAUCUUCCACCGCUGUGUUUGUAAAGUGCCAAACUCUUCAUCUUCCUACUCACGUUAAAUGGGCACAGGUCUUUUUUUUUUGUUGUUAUUCAGUUUGAGAGUACAUUGCUGUCACACUGGUGUCCCUGGCCAUGCGAAUCUAAAGGACGGGAUGUCUCGGUUGUGUCUCAGGGUGUCCUUUGACCACAGCGCUCGAACUCGGAACAGUUCACCGGCAAUAAUCUACGAAGGGUCAAAGGAUGAGGCAAUAAGGUGUUGUGCGUGCUGCUAAAAACAAGAAAACUGUAGAUUUGAUAACUGAAGUGUUAAAAGUGUUUCUCUAUCGUCUCAGAUUGUUAUUGGCCCAUUUUCCUGUCCAUCAAGUGCCUGGCCCCGAGGGAGGGUUCGAUGUUUUGAUAGAGGUUUUGAAUGUACAGCAGCAGGGACAUAUGCGGGGUGUUUCCUGAGAUAUGUUUUGUAAGGCACUUCUUUACUGUCAUCCGACACAUUCAUAGGGAUGUUCCAUCUCUUCUUUCUUCAGGCCAUUUCCUCAGAGGAGAGAGCGCUGGAUGGUUAACGCCUGUUUUUUUUUUGGUUUUUUUGAGAGUUGCCACCUCAGUCCUUGGAACGCGCUCUCUCCUGGCUCACUUCUGUUUGACCUUUAACCUCCGUCUCUUACUCUACUACUGAAUCCCCCAGCACUCUUGAAAGCAGCAAGGUCCUCUCUCCUCCUGCUCAAAAAUCCACAUUAUUUAUUUCAAUCUAUUUAUCAUUGUUUCUUUCUUUAGAUUUACAAAUUCUUUACGCCAAGAAGUGUUUUGGGGUUGGAGACAGUUCACUCCCAGUGACCUGGAAAAUGUUUACAUUUACUUUCUAACAGCUCUUUGACACAUGGUUUGUCUUGCCUUUGUUGAACUGAAUGAUUAGCAAUAUGGUCUGAUGGCCAUCCGUUUGAGGUUCAUGUUGAGAUUUCUCUUUUAGCUCUAUUUGAUAGGGCCAUUCAGCUGUUAUUAGAAAAAAAGCUAAGUUCAAUUAUAGGUUUAUUCUGCAAAUGAUUACUACAUAUCAAGUAGAUUUUAUAGGAGUGAGAGGUUUGUUUUAAAUAGAAGCGAAAGCAAUCGUUGCAGUACCUCACAAAAGAUAGUCAAACAAUGCAUUCCAGGUAGAUGUUCUCGUGCUAUGUUUUAAGGGAAUGAGUUUGGUUGGAAUUCAAGUACCCAGGUCAUCUAGGAGCCAUCUAGUCCUCUUUUAACAGAAAAUGGGGAAACUGAUUUUACUGAGUUUACUAACCAUUUGAUAUGAAUACCUUCUUUUCAUCUGAAUCUGCUUUCUGGAACAUUCCGUUGUAAUUCAGUUCCACUUCACAGAGGUGGUAUGCUUAGGACUCUCACAACCCGCAGUCUGUGCCUGACAGAACUUUGCUGUCGAUCGAAACAUUUUCAAUAAACACUACAAAAUUGA